AAUAUACAUAAGUGCGACACUUCUAAUAGCAAACAGUUUUAAACAGGCAUUAAGAUUAUACACUACCAUUGAUUUAAUUAAAAUGUCCGUUUCAUACGAUUUCAACGGUAAAGUAGCCCUGGUUACCGGUGCCAACACGGGUCUGGCUGUGUCUACGGCCAUACAGUUUGCCAAAUCGGGCGCCAGAGUUGUGGUGAGCGGACAGUACGCCGACAGUCAACUAACUACUGUUGCCAAUGAAUGCCGCAAUACUGGCGCUAAUGUAUUGGAAAUGGCGGCCGACCCCACCCGGGAGGGAGACCUGCAAAAACUGGUCGACAAUACUAUGAAGACUUUCGGCCGAAUCGACAUUUUGGUCAACUGUCCCGUCAAUCACGAGAAUGUCUCCAUUAAUGACAUACUAUUUAUUUCUAAGUAUAGGGAGACUAUGCAAACAAACCUGGAGGCCAUGGUAUUUAUGACCAGCAUAUGUGUGGAGCAUUUGGAGAUAACCAGGGGCACUAUAAUCAACAUGUCUAGCAUUAGAAGCACUCGACCGAGGAAAAAUGAGUCGGCGUAUUGUAUGGCAAAGGUGGCCGUAUCGGACGACUUGGCAUUCGCUGUGCUAUUUCUAGCGUCAAAGGAGGCAUCGUUUAUAACCGGCACUAAUAUGUUGGUCGACGGGGGCUAUUCAGCUGCUGGUCUACCAUAA